AAAAAAUGCAACAGCACAAGGCAACAUAGUACAACACAAUCUACCAUGCACAUUGGACGAGCUGUCCGUUCGCUGGCGCUGGCGGCGACUAGCGUCCUAAGCGAGCCCUCUCUGCUAGAUCCCUUCGAUGUGGUUGUGGUUGGUAGUGGACCAGGUGGCCUCGUGGCAGCGGAGUACCUGUCGCGUGACCCGACCGUGUCUGUGUUGGUACUGGAAGCUGGCAUUGCGACCGUCGCCGCGAGUGGCGGCGUCGAUGUGUCGGAUGAAGCUGCAGGUACUGGCUUCACCCGGUUUGACAUUCCUGGUCAAUACACGUCCGUGGCGUUCACGCCCGACCCGACGCACAAGUAUCACCCCGAGUGGAUUGCGUCGCCACAGACAUUGUACAUUGGCAAAGGCAUUGGCGGGUCGUCGUCGUUGAAUGGGAUGCUGUACUUCGUACCCCCCGACGCGUAUGCAAAGGAGGCCAACUGGCCCAAUUCCGUCGCGGAAAUCAACGCCGGCUUCACCGAGAUCCAGAAGCUGUUCUCGACCACAGAAAUCCCAUCCACCGACAACAAACGGUACCUCCAAGAAGCGUACACAAUCCUGGCCGCGGCGCUUGGGUCCAAUGGCUACAAAGAAGUGCCAUCUCUCAACGAUAGCCGCAACAGCAAGGCCAAAACGUACGGGCAUCCGCCAUUUGCAAUCAAGGACGGGCUGCGAGACUGCCCAGCCAAGACAUUUCACGGGCUCGUGGCCAAAGGUCGCCCCAACUACCGCCUUGUCACGAACGCACGCGUCAACCACGUUCGUCAUGUCAACGGAAAAGCGACUUCUGUCUCGUACACGGUCCAAGGCGCUGCAGCCACCGUGACGUUGUCUGCACGAGGGGUCGUGAUGCUGGCAGCAGGGGCUUUGAGUACACCCCACGUGCUCAUUCAAAGCGGCAUCGGCCCCAAGUCGCAGCUCGAACUUGUAGCAGGGAAAGCGCAGUUUCCAGCUGUGUCGGCCGAUCCGUCGUCGUGGGUGGUCAACGAGAACGUGGGGCACCACUUGUUUGACACGACGGAAGUGCUGCUCACUGUCAGCCAUCCAAACAUGACAUCGUUCAAGCACACGGCUCCUGGUGCCGCCGUGCUGGCCCAAUACUUUGACCAGAAACGAAGUGGUCCGUACGCUGCCCCGGACCCCGUCUUUGUCGCGUACGACACCGCCACGGGAGCUGACGGCUUCGAGUACCAAUUCCAAGUGACUGGAUUUUGUCAUGGCAUGAGCGGCGAUGCCCCAAACCAUCUCGGCGUGGCGAUAUACCUGAACAAUCCAAAGUCCCGCGACCAGGCGGGAUUUCAACCGGAUGGCACGUGGCACGGCGACGUGAACAAGAGCUUGUACUUUAGCUCGGCGGGGGAUGGGGCGGCGCUGGCGGCGUAUGUAGAAAAGGUCGUGGCGAUGCUGGAAGGUCAAGGAGCCAGCCGCGUGAACCCUGCCAAGGCCGAUGUCGUGCCAGAUUGGGUGGCCAAGAACAAAAUCGGCACCAACCAUUAUGGCGGAAGCUGCUAUGCAUCUGGUGACGCCACCGAUAAGAACCGAUGCGCAGAUGCGUCGCUCAGGGUUGUCGGCACGACGAACGUGUUCGUUGCAGACGCCAGUGUGAUGAAGGAAGGCACGGUGAACCCGUAUGCAUUUAUCAUGUACGCCGGGUACCAAGCCGGAGUUAACGUCAAGGCUGCGUUGGCGAAUACCGGCGCGGUUCCGUCGAAGUCGCCGUCCCCGCUUGGCGGACAGCCAACGACCACUAUGCAGCCAAAUGCAUCUCCAACACCUUCGUUUGUCGGCGUGACUGUGUUGACUGUAGUGUGUGCUGUCGCGGGGCAAUGCCUCCAGUCGUGAUAACAUAAUACAGCUUCGUAUGAUGGCGUUAUGGUCGGAUUAAAUAGGUUGGCUGGGGUCGCUCGGGUUGGAUGGGGCUGUUGGCAGGCGCUGGCGCUUCCUCCCCGCGGCUUCUUGGCGCAUCUUCACCAUCGCGUGCAACGCGUACUGGAGGUCGCCGACUUGUCUUUGCAGGGCCAACAUGUCGGUUCGAAUGGAUUUCAAAUCUUGACGAAUGAUGUCUGUGUCGGUGAGGGGCCGCUUACGCCUUGCAUUCUGUGCCGUGCGCAUCGGGCGAGUAUUCAUGCUGGACAGCACCGUUCUUUUCGUGCGGCAACUCGUCGAAUUGUCAAGUGGCUCGGCGCCGGCUCGCUCGCCCGACGUCAAGAUCGAAUGUGUUCCAAUGUGGGUGCCGCACGGCUUG